AUGGUUAAGAAAAGGGUUGAGAAUACUGAAGAAAUUAGAGCUUAUAUAAAAGUUCGCACAAAACUCGGUAAUUCCGUAAAGCAGAUUUUUACUGAAUUGGGGGAAGUUUAUGGGUCUGAUAAGGUAUCUUAUGAGACAGUUCGUAGGUGGAGACAGAAAUUUCUGACUGGCACAGAGUCCGUCAAAGAUGCAUCAAAAUCGGGUCGACCUGUGACUGUAGCAAGCAAGACAAAUGUCUCAAAAGUCAAGGAAAUAAUUGAAAGUGAUGGCAGGUACACGAUUCGUGAUAUUGCCAAAGCUGUUGGCAUAUCGCUAUCGCGGGUGCAUUUCAUUUUGAAGCGUAUUUUGAAAGUACGAGAGAUUUCUGCCAGAUGGAUACCCCAUAUAUUGACAGAUGACCAAAAAAAGUACGAAUACAAACCGCUAAGCGACUGCUAA